CACGUGGUCAGACGCGUCGGCUAAUCUGUCCUGACAGCAGGCCGACGGGGUGCGUGCUCAGCUCCACCAGUGGUCUCUGCGGGUUUACCUGGACUAUCUUAACGGGAGAAUAAAAACAACCGAACAGAGUAGAAGGUCCAAUUAAGCGCUGCGAUGCGAUUGGUCAGAGUGGAGGGGGGCCGGUUCCGGAGGGCGGCGGAGGAGAGCGAGCGAGAGCGGGAGCGGGAACGCGAGCGUGAGCGGGGGGGUGAGCGUGAGCGGGGGGGUGAGCGUGAACGCGAGCCCCCGUCACACCACUCCAACCACCAGUACGCCAGCAUCAAGAGCAAGUUCUUCAAUGAGCUAACACACCUUCCGAACCAUAAGAUCAAAUUGCCCAUGUGGGCCAUUGGCGCCAUCGUGGUGGUGGUGCUGGCCCUGGUGGCGUGCAUGGGCUUCUGCAUCUACAGGAAGUGCAUCAACAAGGGCAAGAAACCCAAGAAGGUCCGCGAGAGGAAGGGAGGCCGGGGCCGCAAGAAGAAGGACAAGGACGGCGAGGACGGAGAGGGCAAGGAGGGAGAGGAAGGCAAGGAUGAGGAAGAGAAAGAGGCCCUUGGCAAGCUGGAGUUCAGCUUGGAUUACAACUUCACAGAGAACCAGCUCGUCGUUGGCAUCCUCCAGGCCCAGGAUCUACCAGCCAUGGACAUGGGAGGCACCUCGGACCCCUACGUCAAGGUCUACAUGCUCCCGGACAAGAAGAAGAAGUUUGAGACAAAGAUUCAGCGCAAGAACCUCUGCCCUGUGUUCAACGAGACCUUCACCUUUAAGAUCCCCUACAGCGAUCUCGGCGGCCAGACCCUGGUGAUGCAGGUGUUUGACUUCGACCGCUUCGGGAAACACGACCGUAUCGGUGAGAUAAAGAUCCCCAUGAACAGCGUGGACAUGGCCCAGCCCCUCAACGAGUGGCGGGACCUGGUGGGCGGCGAGAAGGAGGUGCAAGAGAAGCUGGGCGACAUCUGCAUCUCCCUGCGCUACGUCCCCACUGCCGGCAAGUUCACCAUCAACAUCAUGGAGGCCAAGAACCUGAAGAAGAUGGACGUUGGAGGACUGUCAGACCCCUUCGUCAAGGUGGUGCUGCAGCAUCAGGGCAAGCGUCUGAAGAAGAAGAAGACGUCCGUCAAGCAGAACACCCUCAACCCCUACUUCAACGAGAGCUUCAGCUUCGAGAUCCCCUUCUCCCAGAUCCAGGCAUUCCAGGUGCUGAUCACAGUCUACGACUACGACAAGUUGGGCAGCAACGACGCCAUCGGCAAGUGCUGGAUCGGCUUCGGGUCCUCUGGCAUCGGGCUCCGCCAUUGGUCCGAGAUGUUGGCCAAUCCCAGGCGUCCGUGUGCCCAGUGGCACACGCUGUCUCCGGAGGAGGAAGUGGACGCCCUCCUGAAAAACCCAAUCCGCUAAACACACACACACACACACACACACACACACACACACACACACACACACACACACACACACACACACACACACACACACACACACACACACACACACACACACACACACACACACACACACACACACACACGAAUCUAUACUCCAAUUACAGACAUAUGCAGUUUAUAAGCAUUCAGUACAAAAACACACAUGCAUGACAAGAAAUACUGAAGUAAUAAAGUGAAACAUAUUGAGUACCACACACAGACACACACACGCAAAAUCUAUGUGCAAACACUGUCUGAAAUGUUUGCAAUAGCCCACAGGGAAACACCUUUGAAUCUUCCCGCACAAAUGAAUAAAGUUAGAUAUUUGUUCCUUUCUACAUUGACUAGAUAUUUUGUUUUUUGUCUUUGUGGACUGUACUCAAGUCACCUAGUUGGUGGAAGGAGAUUUGGAUUCAGGUUUCCAGUAUCCAAACCACUGAUCAACUCUCUAUGCGUCCUUUAGCUUUGUGUAUUUCAUUUUCUUUGCUAUUUUUUGUUUCCAUAAGCAAGAGCAAAAAACUCACCUGUCUCGGCUAUUCUUGGCUUAAUGUUUUCCUUUGAAAGGUUCUUAGUUUAUUCUCACUAAAUACCCAUUUGUCUCUGAUGUUUUUGACUUUUGUUUGUUUUUGUGUGAAUGAGCCAACAGUGUCUGAACACAAGUGUUUGUAUGUGUUUCUAUUACUAGUAUUUAAAAAGCUGGGGACUAUGUGAUGUAAUUCUUGAUGCAAUGUGAAUGUAAACAGAUAGUAUAUGUAUGUGAAUAAAAACAACUCAAAAACA